GUAUGAUAUAAAAUGUAAAUCGAAGUAUAUCGAACUUUCUUCCGCGUAUAUAUCGAGAGUUGCAUAUUUAAGCUCGUUUAGGUUUUGUAAAUGUGCUGUUAACACGUCAACCGAAUGAUGAUCCAAUUCUUAACGUCUGUUUCAAUUGAAGUCGUAAUUGCAUAAGUAUCAUUAUUUUUUUUUAUUUUAAAUUUUUGAAUGCUGCAUACUGAAACAAGUAUAUUUGUCUAUUGUUAUUUAAAUCAAUCGCCGAUCUCAUUAUUCACCUUAUUACCGUGAUUCUUUUUUAUAUUUUUGUUUUGCAAUUUAUCUCUAUUUGUAGGUAAUGAAUCUAUAUUUUGUUUUGAUGAUGCCGUAAAAAUUGCAUCAAUUUGGCGGAUGCUGAUGUUUCGUAUUUCAUUCACGAGUAUCAAUAAUAUUGUUUUUGUGUCAUUGGUAAUCUUGUAUAAUCAUAAAAAAGCCCUCAUAUUUAAUUGAUAAUUUUGCGAGCAAACAUACGGCGCUAGUGCUCGAGCUGUCAUCAUUGACGUCUGCUGUAUGUUGCCUGUUAAUCCGCUGAACGAAGUGUGUGAAUCGCACGCGCCGGCUAGAGAGUUCCAGAGCGGGACCAUAACAUAACCUCCUUUGCUAGUAUAUUUUGACAAAUAAAUAACAAUGGCUCGUAACGCAGAAAAAGCUAUGACAACGCUCGCUCGUUGGAGAGCUGCUCACUGCAAUGAAGGGCAUAGGAAAGAACAAGAAAGAAGACCGUACUUAGCAUCCGAAUGUAAAGAUUUGAGGAAGUGUGAGAAAUGGAGAAUGCAAAUCAUAAGGGAAAUUUCAAAAAAAGUUGCACAAAUACAAAAUGCUGGUUUAGGAGAAUUUCGAAUAAGAGAUCUCAAUGAUGAAAUUAAUAAAUUACUCAGAGAAAAACGACACUGGGAAAUGCAAAUAAAAGAUCUUGGUGGAACGGACUAUGCACGUCAUGGUAUCAUGUUAGAUAAUGAAGGAAGAGAGGUACCUGGUAAUAGGGGCUAUAAAUAUUUUGGAGCAGCCAAGGAUUUGCCCGGGGUUAGAGAGUUGUUUGAGCAAGAGCCUCCUCUACCACCAAGAAAAACUCGUGCAGAGUUAAUGAAGGACAUUGAUGCAGAUUAUUAUGGUUACAGAGAUGACGAUGAUGGAUUGAUAGAACCUUUCGAAGAUUUAGAAGAAAUAAAACACAGAAAAACUCGGAUAGAAGAAUGGGAGACUAAACAUGAAAAUGAUCCAGAAACAGAGGCUGAGAAAGAAGAAGAAAAGGAUCAAAACGUAGAAAUGCAUAUACCUACUCAACAAGAAGUACAAGCAGCGCUGCUUCAACGUAAAAAACAAGAACUUUUAGAUAAGUACGUGCUCUAAUUUAAGAUAAUGUGAAAAUCUACACACAUUUUUGUGUUAUCUUAAUUAUAAUGUAAAUAAAUAAAUUCAAUAGAAUAAGGUUUACUUAAAAAAAAAGUUAGAUUCAUUCCACAGUAACACAAAGAAAUCAUCAAUGUGACUAACAUGUUCACUGACAAACAAAAUAUGAUGCUAUUUUUCAUCAGCAAGUUUUUAUUUUCUCAUGUAGUUACAACUAUUUUAUAGAUUGAUUUAUAUCAAUUAUUUUUGAAUACAGUUUUUACAAAACAUCAUUAUAAGGUACAUAGUAGUUUGAAUUUUUUUUCUCACAUUAUGAAAUAACAUUGAUUAAAAUCAGCUACUUUUGUGCAGUAGACGUUGAAACCUCAAUAAAGAUAUAGUAAUCGGUGCUUUAAUUAUACAUAAUACAAACAAAUUUAACAUCAUUACACGUAUUUUAGGAUGAUUGCAAAUUCAAUAGAAAUAUUUAGAAUAUUUCACGAAUCAACUGAUUAAUUAUUUGUCGUUUUAUAAAUUGUCAUAAAUUUUUUAUCAUUUUGAUAUUUAUUAUGAAAAAGUGCGAUCUUGCAUGUAGUCAUCAAGAAUUAUAUUCAAGAGAACAAAUACAAAAUACAUAUAUCUGUUACAGAGUGUUAAUAAAAAAUGAAUGUAAAAAUGUCACUUAAAAAAAGAGCCACUGCUUUAAGCAAUGUUUACAAUUAAAUACAUGAGUGAUAUCAUUUAAUUUGAAAUUUAUCGCAAAUCUUAAAAAUCAUCUUCAUGCGUAAUACAGUAUAUCAAUAUUAUGCACUUUUAAUCGUUACAUUAAAUCAGACUACAUGUCACUUAAAGAUUAUAUAUUAAAUUAUUAACUUAUGCUUGUACAGAGGAAUGGGCGAAAAAAAUUCGAAUUUUUAUAAUAAUAUUUUCGUCGUCUCAUCGAUGAAUAAUUGUAGAUAAUACACAUCCCUUUAUGUAUCGGUUCAAGAAUGGAAAGUUAUGAAAAAAUUUAUUGUGGUAAUAAAAUUAGCGAAAAAUGCGAAUCCUUACACGAAUUAUUACCAAAGCGUUGAAUAACGAAAUAAAUUGAAAUUCGUAUCGACGUUUCCAAUAUCGCAGUAUAAUAAUUUUUAUAAAAUUCUUCGCUGAAACUCUAAAUUGACAACUGAGUGCAGACAACAUAGAACCAUGUAACAGCAUAUUUCCGAGAUCCUUUUAUGUAUGCGUCGUAUAUGAUUUCAUGCUUGAAAUGAAAAAUUAUAAAUUCAAAAUAUUUAUAAUAAUUUUUAUAUAUCACUCGUGACCCGUGUUUAUAUAAUAUUAGUAAUUUGAUGGAUCACAAAAUUGCGCGCAUAUUAUAUUAUUUCACUUUGUGCAUCGUCACUCGUUGCUUUGUUUUUAUUAGAAUUUUCUGACCCAUACAUUUACGUAUAUUGCCAUCUUGAGCGCAA